AUGGCCAGGCGAAGGAGGGGGGAAGGAGCAGAGGGCAAGAUGCAGGGAGACGGCUUAGGCUCUCUGCUAGUCCACUGCUCCCAGAUUAACUUGCAGCACUGCAAGACUGUGAGUGCCCUGCUGAGUCGCAGUCUAGCAGUGGAGCACACAGACAUAUGCCUUAUGCAAGAGCCCUGGCAACAUGGAGGCUCGGUAAAAGGCCUAUCUGGAGACGUGGACCUGGAGAUCCUAAACAGGGGCUCGAGGCCCACGUUUGUCACCUCUCGCUGUCAAUGCAUCAUGGACGUAACCAUCUGUACCCGCCGGCUGGCGGGGCGAUGCAGGGACUGGAGGGUGGACCGGGAGGACACACUCUCUGACCAUCGACGCAUCAGAUUCAGCAUAGAGGGCUGCGCUCAACAGCAGCAGGACCGCCUGCGCAGAAACCCAAGGGCCACCGACUGGGACUCCUUCGGGAGGAACUUGGAGGAAAGGCUCGGGGUAGGACGCGUAAGGCCCUGCAGGGAGGAUCGGUUGGAGGACGAGGUGGAGAGAAUCCACGUUGCCCUAACUGAGUCCUUCGAGACGGCAUGCCCGGCUAGACGAUGCAGGAUGGGAAAUAAAGUGCCUUGGUGGAGUCGUGAGUUGGACAGGCUGAGAAGCCAAUCCAGGAGACUCGGGAACCGAGCGCACAAAUCGAAGAGAGCCGAAGACUGGACUCGGCUUCGCAGGGUCUUCUCGGGGGGUCCAGCACAGAGGCUGGGGGGAAUCACGCUGCAAAGCGGUGAGACCAUCACAGAGCCGCGAGAGGUCCUCGAGCAUCUCGUUCGCGCGCACUUUCCGGACUCUACUAUAGAGUAUCCUGGAGAGUGCCCGGAAGUGGACUGGAAGCGGACAGGAAGCGGCGAUCCCGACUGGAAGCUAGCCGCAAGAAUAGUAACGCUGGACAGGCUGCAGUGGGCGGUGGACUCAUUCGAUAUGUACAAGAGUCCGGAUCCGGAUUGGAUACAUCCGGCCCUCUUGCGAAGAGGGGCGCCAUUGCUCCUUCGCAGACUGAUACCGGUUUUUAGGGCCUGCCUGGCAUUGGGCUACGUGCCAGGCAGGUGGCGGGAAGUCAGGGUUGUCUUUAUCCCCAAAACGGGUAAAUGCAGCUAUGACAACGCGAAAGCCUACAGACCAAUCAGCCUGAGCUCCUUCUUGUUGAAGGCGCUGGACAGGCUGGUCGAUAGGCACAUUAAGGAGGGGGCACUGAGGACUAACCAGAUAUGCCCCUCAUAA